AUGGACAGCCUGAAUGACUCUGUGGUCUCUGAGUUUGUGUUGCUGGGACUCUCCACUUCUUGGGAAACUAAGGUUUUUCUCACGUUGACAUUCUCCUUGCUCUACAUAGGAAUCAUCCUGGGAAAUCUCUUCAUUGUCUUCUUGGUCAUUGCUGAUUCUCACUUGCAUUCUCCUAUGUACUUCCUGCUGGCCAACCUGUCCCUAAAUGAUGUUGGGGUUUCCUCUACCACGGUUCCUAAGAUGAUCUCAGACCUUUUAAGUGAAUAUAAAGCAAUCUCCUUCCAAAGCUGUAUGACACAGAUAUGCUUCAUCCACAUCAUGGGAGGAGUGGAAAUGGUGCUGCUCAUAGCCAUGGCGUUUGACAGGUACAUUGCAAUCUGUAAGCCUCUUCACUAUCUGAACAUCAUGAGCCCUAAAAGAUGUGUUUUAUUUGUAGUCAUUGGCUGGGUAACUGGAGUUGUCCAUGCGAUGUCUCAAUUUGCUUUUGUGAUUAACUUGCCUUUCUGUGGGCCCAAUAAAAUAGACAGCUUUUACUGUGACUUUCCUAGGAUAAUUAAACUUGCAUGUACAGAUGGGGCCAAGUUUGAGUUUGUUGUUGCUGCCAACAGUGGCUUUAUGAGCAUGGGCACCUUCUUCCUGCUAAUCCUUUCCUACGUCUUCAUUUUGGCCACCGUCUGGAAACGUUCUGCAGGGGACUUAUCCAAGGCACUCGUCACGUUGUCAGCUCACAUCACGGUGGUCGUACUUUUCUUCACUCCGUGCAUGUUUCUGUAUGUGUGGCCUUUCCCCACGUCAUCAGUAGACAAAUACCUGUUCAUUGCUGACUUUGCUAUCACCCCCGCCUUGAAUCCUAUCAUAUAUACACUAAGGAACAAAGAAAUAAGAAUAGCAAUGCAAAGACUGAGGAAAUGGAGACAUUCUGACAGAUUUUCCUGA